UUCUUUUGGUAUCUGGUAUAAGUUCAACGACAGGAGACACAUGUCAUAUAUCCAGAUACAUUAAUAUCACAAGUCCGGAAAAGAAUCAAUUUCAAUCGCAGGUGGUCUCGGAACGAGGGUACUGCAGGCAGCGAAUCCUCCUUCGUCUUAUUAUCCAGUCCUCUCGCCAAUAUUUCUAAGUUUCCGCUAAAACACCCAUUGUGACGUCUGUAUAAACCUUGGGCUUAACGCAGUGUAGUUUGAUUAUGCAUAUGAUGCUCACUUUGCAAUCAAUUGAAAGAACGGAGAAACAAUUCGCGGAUUCAUUCGUGGAUGUUAAUUGUGGGCAAUUUCGACAUAAUUUCAGUAAGAAAGAAAACACCACCAGCGAAUAAUUUAUACAGCCCAUUAUGCCGACGAUUAUCUUGAAACGGUGAUCUCAGCAGUUGGUGAUUCAAGAAAAUCUUCUCACCAAACCGACGUAUUCUCAGCUUUGGUACAAACAAAACAUUGUAUAACAGAACAGAGAAAAUUGACUUGGACCCGCCAUGGAGCAGAAAAGUAACUAUACGACGAGAGAACCCCGCGUGGGCUCCACUGGGCUGGAAGCAGGUGUGAUCAUCAUGGGUUUGUCUUGCGUUUGUGUCGUAGCCUGUGCCCUCGUUAUACUCCAAAUACGGUCAGUGCGCAUCCAGCGUCGACGCAGGCGCAGACAGCAAGAGCACCAGUCUGCUACCAAUAAUAACACGACGUUCACAAGAACGUUAUCCCAGGAUCCUUUGGAAGCAAGUGCCCCGCCAUCUUAUGAUGCAGUCAUGCGCAGUCCACAGCUGUAUCCUCCAUCACCGCGGUCAUCGAUAUCAUCGAUAAGAAGACUGUCCACGGUCAGUGGUCUCUCUCAACUCGGAUCCAGGCUCUCCUCGCGUGUUUCGCCAGAGACUGGGAUCGAGGAUAGCGUUGGCUCGAACGCAAGCGAGGCUUCGAAUAAAGAAGAGGAUGAUCUCCCACCGCCGUAUCCAGGCGACAUCAGUUGUUAUAGCAACGACGGGAUGUCUCCUAUUGCAAAUAUCCAUUCUGUUAGUGUAAGUGCUUCAAUAAAUCCAAGAAGUCCUUCGAGUAGCAAUUGUAGCUAUGUAAACGAUAUUGAGCUAUCACCUUUGAACGGAAGUCUGAACGACUCGCGUAAUCAUUCAGCGUCACGGAAAGGAAAAGGCAAGCAACAUACGGGUAACUAUCUAAGCCGUGUAGGGGCUGGCCUGAGAACCGCGCAAGGUGACCACCACAGUCGUUGCCGUGGCUACAGUCUCCCUGGUAACGUCACUGUGGUUAGGCCGAGGAGCCGUUCUCCUAGCCGGACUCGUAAGACGAGUGACGAAACUCCCCGCCAGCAUUCGAAAAGCUUCUCUGGGAAUGAGCUGACCUUGCCUGGGUACGAAGGGCGGUCUAGUAGUCUAUUCGCGUCUACUUCCACUCUUCUCUCACCGCACUCGUCUUGGGACUCCGGUAGCUAUCCAAGAGAACUGACAUUUGCACGCACUGGCUGCUCUCGUAGAGACAGAGAACGAAGAGCUAGCUCUGCUGACUGUCAGUGCCAGUGUCAUAAGCAAACAUGACAGAUUAUGGCAGUACCAGGGUCAUAAGCAAACAUGGCAUGUUAUGGUAGUACCAGGGUCAUAAGCAAACAUGACAGGUUAUGGUAGUACCAGGGUCAUAAGCAGUAAUGACAGGUUAUGGUAGUACCAGGGUCAUAAGCAGUAAUGACAGGUUAUGGUAGUACCAGGGUCAUAAGCAGUAAUGACAGGUUAUGGUAGUACCAGGGUCAUAAGCAGACAUGACAGGUUAUGGUAGUACCAGGGUCAUAAGCAAACAUGACAGGUUAUGGUAGUACCAGGGUCAUUAGCAAACAUGACAGGUAAUGGUAGUACCAGGGUCAUUAGCAAACAUGACAGGUUAUGGCGGUACCAGGGUCAUAAGCAGUGAUAACAGGUUAUGGUAGUACCAGGAUCGUAAGCAAACAUGACAGGUUAUGGCGGUACCAGGGUCAUAAGCAGUGAUAACAGGUUAUGGUAGUACCAGGAUCAUAAGCAAACAUGACAGGUUAUGGCGGUACCAGUGUCAUAAGCAAACAUGAGAGGUUAUGGCAGUACCAGGGUCAUAAGCAAACAUGACAGGAAACAUUUAUGACAAUGAAAAGUACAACCGCGGGAAUUCCUCAAAUCAAAGUGCAACAAAACGCACGCGUCCUUUCAUGAAAGCAAUAAUACAUUCAAACAACAAA